AUGGAAGUCUCAACCACUAAAAACUCUAUUGAUGGAGAUUACAAUAGGGCAAAAGAGGUGAAUGAAUUCGACGAAACAAAAGCUGGAGUUAAAGGACUUGCGGAUGCUGGAAUUACCAGCAUCCCCAGGAUCUUCAUCAACCCUCCAGAGAAGCUUCAAAAAUCAUCAAACACUACACGCCAAAUCCCCAUUGUAGACCUCAAAGGCUUUGAAAAUGAUGGCCAACGUCGACAUGAGAUUGUCAAUGAAAUCCGCGAAGCAUCAGAAACAUGGGGGUUCUUUCAACUUGUCAACCAUGGAGUACCAGAUAGUGUAAUGGAUGGGAUGAUAGAAGGUAUUCGACGAUUCCAUGAGCAACCUGCAGAGACAAAGAUGGAGUUUUAUAGCCGUGAUCGAACACAAAGUGUGAGAUAUUACAGCAAUGAAUUUCUCCAUUCAAGUAAAGCUGCAGCAAAUUGGGAGGAUUCAUUAUCUUUUGCUUUCAAAGAUGAUAUGGUGAACCCGGAUGUGUUACCUUCAGUCGUCAGAGGAGAGGUGGAAGAGUACAUGAAAUGCAUAAUCAAACUGAAGGAGCAACUAUGUGAACUACUCUCAGAAGCUCUAGGACUGAGCAGCGACUAUUUGGGAAGCAUAGAGUGCAUGAAGAGUGCAACAUUUUUGUGCCACUAUUACCCAAUUUGCCCACAGCCUGACCUGACUCUAGGCUUGAGCCAACAUACAGACCUGCCUUUUCUAACUAUUCUCCUUAAAGAUAGCAUCAGGGGCCUUCAAAUUCGUGAUCAAGAUCAAUGGGUUGAUGUGCACCCUGUCCCAGGAGCUCUUAUAGCAAACAUUGGGGAUUUUAUGCAGCUUAUCACCAACGAUAAGUUCAAAAGUGUGGAGCACAGAGUACUGGCGCGAUCAGUCGGACCAAGGAUAUCUGCUGCUUGUUUCUUCUAUCCCAGCACUAGGAAUAUACUUAAGCAGUAUGGACCUAUAAAGGAACUUCUAUCAGACAUCAAUCCACCUAUGUACAAGGAUGUUCGGUUCAUAGAUUUAGUUGCCGUGAAGGAUAAGAGGUAUGGACUGAAUGGUAUUCAUUCCUCAGUUCUUCCUCUAUUCAAGCUUUGA